AUGGGCACAAAUGGUUAUGGUGAAAAGGCAGUUGAUCUAUUUGCUCUGAUGCAAAAGGAGGGACUGAAGCCAGAUGGGGUCACCUUUGGUGGACUGCUCAGUGGGUUUAGUCAUUCUGGUUUGUUGGGACGAGCAGGGUUACUCACAGAAGCUGUUGAACUUGUGAAAACCAUGCCAGUGAAACCUAAUGCGCAGGUAUGGGGAAGUUUGCUCAGGGCUUGUCAAAUUCAUGAGGGCACUGAACUCAGUAAGGAUGUGGUCCAGAAUCUGCUCGAUUUGGAUCCAUGCGACGGGGGAAAUUUCGUGUAUUUAUCUAAUUUGUAUGCAUCAUUAAGUCGCUGGGAUGAGGUUAAUGUAUGCCGCAAGGUAAUGAUUGAUAGAGGGGUUCACAAAGUACCAGGAUGCAGUUCGAUAGAGGUGGAUGGUAUGGUGCACGAGUUUGUGGCUUGGGACAGUAGACAUCUGCAGAUCAUACAAAUCAACUUGUUUCUAGAUGAGAUUUCAAAGAAGUUAAAAGAGCAUGACCAUGAGUCUAAUAGAGCUCUAGUGCUCCAUGACAUUGAGGAUGAGGAGAAGGAAACUGCAGUCACCUAUCACAGUGAAAGAAUCGCCGUUGCUUUUGGGCUCAUGAGCACACCACCUAGGAAGACUAUCCGGGUGGUGAAGAACCUCUGCACUUGCAGUGAUUGCCAUUCUGCUCUUAAAAUUAUUUCAAACGUAUACAAGAGAGAAAUUAUUGCAAGGGAUAGGAAAAGGUUUCACCACUUCAAGGAUGGAUGCUGUUCGUGCAGGGACUAAUGGUAAAUGGAAACAUACUAUUGGAGGGCAUCAUUUGUUUUUGCUAUCAAUAGAUAACAAUUCCAAGGUUGUACCUGCGGAUCUUACUCACUUCCUUAGGCUGAUCAAUGACAACCACUUUGACAUUAAGAGGCUUCUUUUAUCCUAAAACAUCGUGUUAUUAAUAUCAUUAUGGGGAAAUAUGUCUUUUCUUGCUCAUCAAAAUUGUGUUCUUCCAUGGUUGCUAAUCCUGACUUGCAUUGUCCAAAUGUGUCGCUAUAGCGUUUUCUGCAUGAUAUGAAAGAGCAAGUGUCCUGCAUUUCUUAAGCAAACUAAAUAAAGUUUCAU